AUGCGCGCGGAGUGGCUACAAAGAUUCCUUCGGAAACAAGGAAGAGGAACUUACAUUCCGCGGAAAAGGAAAAGCGCUGGCCCUCCUGACGGUAGCUUAUGGGAUAAAGUUGACAAGCUGAUUGAGUUUGGAGAUUUACCUGCACUUGAAACUGUCCUGCCCUCCAGGCUCAAUCAUGACGAACAUGUUGAACGAAGUGAUUCACGGCUGACCUACUAUAUCGCAGGCUAUGUUGCCCAAAAGUGUGUGAUGAAGCAGGAUUGCUCACCUUGUAUGCAGGCCUCGACUGUUCCAGCACUCAGAUGCACUUCAGGUCUAGCCAGGCUGACAGAGCAUCGUGACAAAGGCGAGCUGCUGUACCCCACUGGUGUCCUUCUUUGUUUUGUGCAGAAACUCGAGAACUGGUUUACAGAGUGCUUCAGCAAGAAUAAGCUGCAAACCGACAGUAUCCUGGACAUUCUCGCCAUAGUGAAGUCUAGAUUUUACCAUGAAAUCGGUUGCCAGGAGCAUGCAGCUGCACUUACAGCCAAGGUAAUUGGCUUCUACCUUACCACCCGCCUUUACUGUCUGAUGAAACAUCCGUCGGAUCUAAGGAGAGCAGCUUUGAGCACCAGCAGGAGUGCGGCUGCAAUGAGCAACAACGGGGGUGUGGCUUCAACAAGCUACAAGAGGAGUGCAGAGCGCGAGCAGCGUCCCCGAUCCUUGCAGCCAAGCUAUGCCAGAAUGGCAGAGUUCGCGGAUGUGAUCAAGAAAGCCAGAUUUACGGCCUUGCCCAGAAAGGUUCAGGAGUGUCCUGCCCUGGGUGACGCAGCUUGUGUGGCAAGAUUCCGCCUGCCCAUCAAGGAGUGUUGGACCCUCCAGACGCCACCAGAUGAUCCCUGUGUCGUAGCACUUGACCAAGCUCAAAGCCUAGAAGAACAGACACGUGGCCAAAGCAGGAGCAAACUGUGGCACUCUGAACGAGGGAAAAGGAUCACGGCAUCCCAGUUCGGGGACACUGUGAAGCGAAAAGCUGCUGUGAACGAAAAGUACCUAUGA